AUGGAUACUGCACAGAAAAUUCAUCCCGUUCAAACAUCAGUGGCUUCAUCAAGAACCCCUGUUGAUGGAUCCCAUAUUGCAAUUCCUGUUGUGAAUCCAAUUGUUCAAAGUGGAACUCCUGCUGUUACUCCUCCCGUCCCACAGCUUGCUGCACAAGGGUACAUUGUCGACAUCAAUGGGUUGGUGCCAACCAAAAGCAUCCAUUUCAACAUUGUCGUUCGUGUGACGACUAUAUGGAAAAUGUAUGAUACUCAAAAUAAGAAGGAUGUCAAAUCACUUGAAUUGUCUUUGAUUGAUGCUCAGGGUUCCAAGAUCCAGGCUAUCAUACCUGCUCGAAUCAUGAAAGAUUUUGUUAAGUACUUUAAAAAUGAAGGUGUUUGCAGGAGGUUGUCACGUUUUGAUCACUGUCUUAACAUAAAUGGAGGUUACCAUUGCUCCAAACACGAGUAUAAAAUUGUGUUUGGAUCUGACACUUUGGUUGAACAAGCUGUUGACCUUGACAUACCUAAUCAUGUAUUUGAGUACACUCCUUUUGCAGAAAUUACGAAUUUUGUUGCCAACUUUGACUAUUGUUGUGAUUUGAUAGGACACAUCAUUGGCUACAGUGAUCCUAUUGUUGAAAAGGCAAAAGUUUCGGCUACAACGAACCUCUUUAAUGGAUGGAAGAUGCUAACUUUGUCUGGAAUUAGCGAAUUGGAUCAGGGUUGCAACGUUGUGGUUGCAGCAAGGACAGAUAAUGGAAAGGCAAUUUUGUGUCCAAAAAAAUGGAUGUGCAGCAGUCAUGGACCUGUUUCUGCUGAGGAACAGUACAAGUUAACUUUCAUUGACAUUGACCCAGAGCUAAGUGCACAAUAUUAUCACUCUGUGAAUCCAAAUCAGGACAGCAAUGCUAAGACAGCUGUUUCGUGCACUGAUGAAACUGAUUUGGUGUUGCUUGGAGAUGAUUCGGCCGGUAGUCCUCCUCCUAAAAAGUUUACAAUUGCACAUGAAGGUUACAUAACGUUCGAAGACUUUGUCUCUGAUGCAGAGAUGCUAACUUUGUCUGGAAUUAGCGAAUUGGAUCAGGGCUGCAACGAUGUGGUAUUUGCUAAGAUAAGUGGAUUAGCAAAGGAAAAUGAAUGGUCAUACACAGGUUGCAGCGUCUGUAACAGAAAGGUUUUUGAGAUAGAAGAUGCUGAGAAGAACAAUGGAGGAAAUAAAAAGCCAUCAUUUGUAAAAAGCAGAAAGACAGAUAAUGGAAAGGCAAUUUUGUGUCCAAAAAAAUGGAUGUGCAGCAGUCACGGACCUGUUUCUGCUUUAAAAUUCAAACUGCAGGUAUAUGUUCUUGAUGGUUCAGGUAGUAGGAUUGCUACACUUUGGGACAGGAUGCUUUACAAUUUCAUAAACAAGAGUGCUGCCGAACUAAUUCAGGAGUUUACAAUUGCACAUGAAGGUGAAGAAAGUGUCAAGUCUCACCCCAACAAGCGGGGUAUUAACCCACAGUACUUUAGGGCUAUAGGUUGGCCUUUGAAUCAAACUGUUUUACUGGUCCUUGAUGAUAAACACAAACAGUGGAAUUUUAAUAUAUAUACACAACAGGGUGAACCUGUAGGGAAAUUAUACUUUAAGUUAAGGGUUUUCAACAGUGAAGGUUACUGCUGUGACCAGGAUAUAUCUGCUUCAGAUUCAUCUGAAGGUGAAGUUGACACAAUUGACUACAUACGGUCUAAUAGUGAUCAAAAUACUUUCAACGUAGUCAUGAACACUGAUGUCAUUCAACGUGGUAGAUUGGUGAGAUAA